CAGGCGUCGCAGCCAGAGCGUAUCUACACAGACGUGGUCCUCGCCAUCAAAUCAGAAUUCGUGGAGUGGAUUCGCGAGCGAAGGAAGAACCACGAAUUCAGAUCGUAUAAAUUGCGCUCCACGGUCCAGAGGCUAUGGCUGUACGAGUCUUCACCCCGGUGUGCCAUCCGGUUCGUCGUUGUGACUACACUACCCAAGGUACCGGGGGAGCUGAACGACUUUAGUGGUGUAGGGAACGACGACUUCGACGCGGGGCGUAUGUCGUCUUACGCGUACCCUGUGCGAGCGUUGUACGAGCUCGAGGCACCCGUGACUCGAGAGGAACUCCAUGCACGUUUUGGUAUCAAGUCACCGCAGGGAUACUGCUAUGCGGCAAAAGCUUUGGUAGAGACUAUGCCUCUCGAGGGGAUGAGACAGGUCUUCUAG